UAGUUAAAGAGUCACCGAGUCAACCCCAAACCAAAAUAUCUCUCUAUUCUGCAACUAUCUGAAGUGGAUAUGGUUUUCACAUGCACCUUCCCUUGUAAUCCUGUAUUUCAAUUCCAAAGACUAUUUACAAGGAGCCGUCUUCAACAACACCACUCAGCCCCUCCAUUAUUACCUUCCAAUCUCAAGCCUUCUUCUUCUUCUUCCUCAUCUCAUCAUUAUAGCCAUACUUUUUCUCUCAUUCAAGACUCUGCUGUUAUUGCAUGCCUUCGUGCCAACAGUGCUGAGCAGGCUAUGGAAGCUGCUCGUGCUGCGGUUAAUGGUGGCAUUGCAGUUCUGGAAAUUGUGAGAUCAACCCCUGGUGUUUUUGAGGUCUUGCAGGCUCUGGCUAAUGAAUAUCCAACUAAGGCCUUUGGUGUUGGGACGGUUUUAACUGCUAAGGAUGCCAGAACUGCUAUAAAGGCCGGGGCCAAGUUUCUUAUGAGUCCUGCUACGGUGAAUGACAUUCUAGAUGAUGUUCGAGACACUGAUGUUCUAUAUAUGCCUGGUGUAAUGACCCCAACUGAAAUAUACUCUGCUCAUAAUGCUGGUGCCAAGAUUGUCAAGAUUUAUCCUGUUUCCGCAUUAGGUGGCGUACGAUACAUAUCAGCAAUUAGGAAGCCUUUUUCUCACAUCCCCAUGGUUGCUUCCCAGGGCAUAACUAUAGAUUCAGUAGGUGACUAUAUCGCUCAGGGAGCUAUAUCAGUCGUUUUAUCGGAUGCCAUUUUCGAUAAGGAGGCGAUGAGCCAAAACAACUUUGAUGUCGUAAAUCGACUUGCCACAUCUGCAGCUUUGCAGGGCAAAACUGCUGUAGAAAGGAAGAAAAGAUAAAACAUGACCGCAAAGGAAUACUUACCGAACAAACAGGUAAAGCCGAGCUCUUCUUUCCGAUGCCGAUGUCUUUCAUGUGCCCGAUCUCCGAAGCACAGACAUUUUUGCUAGGGAGUGUUCAAGCGUCGGAUACAUGUUCGACUCGGAACGCAAUUUUGAUAUAGUAAAAUAUGUAUCAUACAUCCAAGGACUAAUCAAAAAAUUUAAAAUAAAAUCACUCAUGAUUUUCUUGUUUUUUGGCA